CGAUCGGCUACCACGCCUCCAUCCUACAUUUGGACUUAUUUGACCCAGGUUAUCGUGCGCUGUCACUCAAACAGCCCGUCCCUUUGUAAAAUUAUAUUUAAUAAAUCUCAACAAGCCGUCGAAAAGUAAAUAUUCGUCUGUACAUCCCUUGUCGUUUAGUUGAUUUUAAUACAACAAGGGUGGAGGUGAAAUAAUUUGGUGGCUACCGGUUAGAGGACACCAUACGUUAUGGAAGACAUAGGGUCUCCGUUCCCGAAAAACCGGAAGGCGGAGUCGUGGUGGCUGAGGGUAGCGCGGAAGAGGUUUCCGGUGCUGCGAUGGGCGCCGAGUUACGACCGCGAAUCGGCCCUGGCUGACCUCAUCGCUGGUGUUACACUGGGACUCACCCUGGUACCGCAAAGUAUUGCCUACGCUGCUUUGGCUAAUCUGCCAGUGCAGUAUGGACUCUACUCAGCCUUUGUUGGCACGAUGCUUUAUGUUCUCCUGGGAACGGUGAAGGAGGUUUCAAUCGGGCCGACGUCACUGAUGGCGUUGAUGACGCUGCAAACCUGUCACGGGCUGCCCAUCGACUUCGUCGUACUGCUCACCUUCCUCUCCGGAUGUGUUGUAUUGGCCAUGGGCCUGCUUAAACUAGGUUUCCUGGUAGAUUUGAUUUCGCCAACAGUAACCUCCGGCUUCACGUCAGCUACAGUAGUGAUAAUAGUCGCGUCGCAGAUCAAGGGUCUUUUAGGCAUCAGCUUCGUAGCCGAAAACGUGUUUGACAAUUUGCGGCACGUCUAUGAGAAUUUACAUGAAACACAGCUCGGAGAUUGUAUGCUAGGUGCUGUGUGCUGUACUAUACUACUAUUGCUUCGGAAACUUAAGGACGUCCCAGUGAAUCCGAAGCGCGCCAGCCUGAAGAAGACGCUUUGGCUGAUCUCGAUCAGUCGUAACGCGAUGGUGGUAACUGCAGCUUCCGUGCUAGCUUUCUGCACUUUCGACCCUGUCACUAACACGCAUCCCUGGUUCAAACUCUCUGGCCGCGUGGAGCCAGGCCUGCCGAGUGUGGCCGCGCCGCCGUUCAGCGUGGCCAGCGAAAAUGGCACCGUGAGUUUCGUCGAAAUGGCUGGCCGACUGGGCUUCGGCGUGCUCAUGACACCCAUCAUCAUGGUGUUGGCCAACAUCGCUAUCGCCAAAGCGUUCUCCGUGAAUCGAGUGGACGCGACGCAGGAGAUGGUGACGCUGGGCCUCUGCAACAUGGCGGGCUCGCUGUUCCGCGCUAUGCCCACUUGCGGCGCCUUCACGCGCUCAGCCGUCUCGCACUCCAGCGGCGUACGUACGCCGCUCGCUGGUCUCUACUCGGGAUUGAUCGCAUUGUUGGCGCUGGCGUUCAUGACCAAAUACUUCUAUUUCAUCCCGCGCGCCUGCCUGUCUUCUGUGCUCAUCUGCGCUGUCAUCUUCAUGUUCGACGCGGCGAUCGUGUCGCGGCUGUGGCGCGGCGCGCGCGGCGAGCUGGCCGUGCUGGCGCUGACGUUCGCGGUGGGCGUGGCGCUGAGCGUGGAGCUGGCGCUGCUGGCGGGCGCGCUGGCCGGCCUGGCGCGGCUGCUGCGCCGGCUCAUGCGCCCGCGCAUGCACCUCUACGCGCACAAGUCCGCAGUGGGCGAAGUGGCGCGCGUGGUGCCGACGCUGGCUCUGGUGUACAUGAACGCGGAGCACGCGGCGGCGCGACUGGCGGCGGCGGCGGCUCGCGUUCGGCCGCGGCCGGUGCUGCUCGACUGCUCCCGGCUGUCGCUGAUCGACGAUGCUGCUGUGCUGGUACUACAGCGCAGUAUAAAGAAGUUCAAAGAGGCCGAUCAACACCUGAUCCUAUACAAUGCGAGCUCCGAGGUAGUACGGCGUUUGGAGGGCAUACCGGACGUCGAUAAAACCGCGUUACGGGCUUCUACCAUUUCCGAUGCAUUGGCCUGCGUGAUGCCUGCAACGGCAUCUACAGCUGUGUUUGAUACCGCACCUCUUCUCCCUUAACUACUUUACACCACAACCACGCACUAAAGUACCUAUAUCAAACGUAAUAAACAAAAUAGACACUCACUGUUCGAUAUUACAUUAUUAUGGCGGAAAUUUGAAAUGUCGCAUACGACAAAAUGUUCCUUUUAACAAAAUGACAUUCUCUUAUGACAUUUCAAAUUUCCACUCUAGAUUUAAAGGUUAUGUAUUGAAUUUUAAAAUGUCGUAAGUGACAUUUUGACGUACGGGAAAAUGUCCCUUAGAAGUAUAUGUAUGAAAAUGGCAAGGUCAAUGUUUCAUUGACCAAUUUUGCUUUAGUAAUUAAGACGUACAGGUGUUAAAUACGUUUUUCACAAAAGUAGUUCAACUACAUUUAGUCAAUACUGCUUUAACUACGGUCUACUUGUAAGUACAUGUUAGUUUAUUAGUAAGAAGUUGAAGAAUACUUUGUAACAACACUGUUUCAUAAUUUGUUACAACUGGCUUAGUUACAACUGAUUUAGUUAGCAAUAUUAAUUGAUUCCGUCUGGAUACCCCAUAAAUAUUCAGUGCAAAACAGUAAUGUUUCCUAUUAAUUUAUCAGUAUUUUGUUGUUAUUAAGCAUUGAUUUCAAAUAAAAUAAUUUAUAGUUUAAUUUGUAAAUAGAGAAAGUACCUAUAGGUACAAGUUUAUUGUAGAACCAUCUAGUCUAGGUACUAUAAAUUAUCAUGCCCCCGUAGCAUAUCCAUGCUUGAUAUGCUACGGGGCGCGUAUAUGCGUAUCCACGCAUGAUAGUCGCGACACGUGCGAUAAAAUUGUAAUAAGCGCGCGCUAUUGGCUGUCUCAAUCAGAUCUAAUUUAGAUAGCCAA